AUGUCACUCGUACUAGAGGAAGCUUGGGCCAGUUUAGACGAGGUAUCAUCAAUACUCUCUACCACCCCCGAGGUAGCUUCCUAUUUAUAUCUUGUAAUUACUACUCCUCGUAGUACAAUUCAAAUGAGUCCUCUUACCCCUACCACACGGGAGUUUCGAACAUUGGCUCAAUGUCCUCAACUUGCCAUUAGCGAAGCACAAGAUGAUCUUGAUAUUAGAAAUAAAUAUCGUCCUUUCUUACUGGAUCCAGAAACCGAAGCUACGGACUGGAUUUCUGAACUAGAGUUAGACUCUGUAAUUACUCAAGUGGAGGAGAAUCUAGCGAAAACCAACUCCAGAUUAAAGGUUUUGGUACUUUAUGGAAGCUUACGGCAACGUUCCUAUUCAAAGUUGAUGGCCUUCGAAGCUUCCCGAAUUCUCCACCGUCUCGGCUGCGACGUCCGCGUCUUCAACCCAAAAGACCUUCCCAUCCGCGACUCAGUCGCUGACUCUCACCCCUCAGUCCAAGAACUCCGAGCACUAUCCCUCUGGUCCGACGGACACAUCUGGUGUUCCCCAGAACAACACGGCAACCUAACCGCCGUCUUCAAAAACCAAAUCGACUGGAUUCCUCUCUCCAGCGGCUCGGUCCGUCCCACGCAGGGCCGCACUCUCUCCCUCAUCCAAGUCAACGGCGGCAGUCAGAGUUUCAACGCGGUUAAUAGUUUGAGGAUUCUGGGUAGGUGGAUGAGAAUGAUUGCAUGUCCUAAUCAGAGUAGUUUGCCCAUGGCUUGGAAACAGUUUGAAGAUGAGGGAGGGGAUGGGAGUGGUAGGGCUAGAUUGUUGCCUUCUUCUAAUAGGGAGAGGUUGGUGGAUUGUAUGGAGGAGUUUGUUAGGGUUACGGUUGUUAUGAGGGUGCAUUUGGGGGUGUUUGGGGAUAGGUUUAGUGAGAGGAGGGAGAGGAAGGAGAAGGAGAGGAAAGAGGAGGAAAAGGAGAAGAUGAAGAUGAAUGGGGUGUCUGGGGAUUAG